AUGGCGUCUAGGGUUGGCCAACAAAAUGAGGUAGCUUAUACUCUUUCAAAUCCACCAAUCUUGAACAGUAGCGACAUCGAUUGGUUAAAAACUUCCAUACCAGGAAAAACCUUCAAUAAACUCACUCUCUUGUCAUCAGUAAGGCCAAACUAAAAAACAAAAGAGGAAGUUUAUGCCUCAUUCUAAAGUAGUUCUGAUGUCUUUGUGAUCUAUAAGUCACGCUACUCCAAGAUAGUGGGUGCCUAUUUCUAAGAUAUUUUUGUUAGACGUGACCAAACAGCAUUAUACAAUCCUGAUCUUGGAAGCCGUGGAAUUAGCACUUAAACAGCUGUGUUAGGUGUCACAGAUAGAACCACUAUAGAAUAAUCGAGUUGGAAUGAAUCGAGUUAUAGUCAGGCUUAUCAAUAUGAUGAAAGUCUCUAAACUGUGGUCUAUAACGAUAGAGGUUAAUUACACUUUAAUCUCGAUUGCAUAGAACCCCCUCUAACUCCUUCGGAUGAUUAAGGUAAAGAUUUUCUGGUGAUUACUGAUCCAGGUUAUUCUGCAAAGAAUCUUACUGGAAGUCCCACUUGGGCAAAAUAGGAUUAAGUAGACCUUGCUUGUGUUCAGAUUGAAUUCUACCACGGAGAAUAAUGA